GAUUUCCAGUUAAGAUGUCUCAGCAAUCAAUAGUGAUUUUGAUGCCAAAUGGACACCGGGAAACAGUAAAAGUCACUCCAAGCACAAUUCUGAACCCCAAGUUUGUUGACCUUUGCACCAAGCAUGGCUUCACUGCAGAUGACUACAUCCUGAAAUCGUCCACAGGGAAGCCAAUCGACUCUUCGAUACCCUUUCGUCUUACUGGGAUCCCAAAUCGAGCAGUCCUGGAAAGUUGUACACGGGGUCCAGAGUCGAGUGGAAACCAGGAUCCGAAACUUGUAAACGUCGCUGUUCAAAUUCCAUCAGGCGAGCGUCAGGUCGUUGAUAUCGAAGAUACAUGUCCCUUGUGGGAUGUAAUUGAGAGGCUCUUGGAGAAGUGUCCUGCGUUACUUGACGAAGAUGACCUUGAACCUUGUAUUUCGUUCAUGGGACACACGUUUCGAGGACCCGAGACGUUGUUGAACAAGACCUUGCGGGACUGUGGGUUGUCGGGACGGGCGCUUUUGAGAUUGACUUUUGCUCCUAGAAUCGCAGUCGACAGCACGUCUUGUAUAUCAGAUGAAAAUAUGGAUAUAACUAAAGCACAGAAUUUGAUACUCAGACUUCACAAAAGGGAAUCGCCUAGAGACGAAGUCGAGAUCAGCAGUGCCAAAAUAGCUUCACAAAGCAAAGAUGAAAUCAUCAAUGCGAAUGUUUUACCUAAAAGCGAGUCAAACAAUGCGCAAGUAUCGCCUCAAAACAGUCAAGUCGAAUUUGCCCAGCCUCUAAUUUCGUCUUCAAGGUCAUCUCACCUGCCUGAUAAUCUUCAGCCUUUUUCGUGGAUACCAGAAGAGCCCUCGACGAGUAGGCCUGACAGUAUGAAGGAACCAGAAAUAACUGGAACCUCUGAGCUGACCUCAAAUAGAUUUGCCAAUUUCAAGUUCCCAGAAAAGUCAAGCGAGGCAAUAAAUGAAGAGCUUACGAGAAGAGAAAGAAAUGAGCUUCCGGCGUCUUCUUUGGAAGAUCGAGAGUUGAAGGUGUUUUGUGUUAAGAAUAUAUCGACUAGUAUUGACACAGUUCCUGAUGAUUUCUUCGAUAUCACAACUGAAGAUAUAAAGUUGAUGCAGAAGUUGCGUGAGAAGGAACUGAACGGUCUAAUCAACCAGCCUCUCUUGACUGAAGAGUCGAGAAAACGAAAAAUCAUAUCAAAAUAUUCGAACUUAACCAUGCUGCGAUUUGUGUUUCCGGAUCGAAUGGUAAUACAAGCCAAGUUUCUCAUUACGGAAACCGUUCAAACUAUGUACGAGUUUGUUGAUUCGGUUUUGGCGUCUGAAAAUUUGAAGAGCUAUUAUCUGUUCACGACACCACCUAGAAAAAUAAUAGCGAAACGAGAGAAGAAAAGCCUAUUCGAUCUGAAUUUAUUCCCAGCUGUAAAUAUUCAUGUUAGUUUUGGUGAAAAUGACGUUGAGUCGUAUUUGAAAAAGGACAUUUUGGACUUGCAAGUGGCCCCUGAAAUAAUCCUGUCAGGAACUAACACCAGCAACCACACAUAUGGCGAAACCUCAACUGGUGAUAUGAUUACUCCUUUGUCUACCGGGCAAAUAGGCUCGGAACCUCCGAGCGCUUCAACUGCUAGUGGAAGCAGAACGGCUGCCAGCUCCCGAAAAGUUCCGACCGAUGCUCCGAAGUGGUUCGCAGCCGGACUAAAGAAAUGAAGCAAUUGCGACGAUGAGAUAGCUUUGCUUUUGAGUGAGAGAAUUAUAAUGUCAAACCAAUUUGAAACAAAUUUUUAAUAAAUGUUGAUUUAAAAAGAUUUUUUUUGAAAUGUUUCGAUUAACACGUACACGCCUGUAUAUGGGAAAAUAAUAAUAAUGU